CUUAUGACGACGUGUCCCUGAACGCAGCACCAGUCCGGUUCCCGGAGACUCCGCUCCUGUUCUUCCACUGAGCCGGACUCCAUGUUGUUCGUCAGCCACGGAGUGAACAAGUUCCCUGGCUGAAAACUCUCACGUUGCAACUCUGUGUGUGCGAGAAGUUAAGUGUGUGCGCGUGCGAGUGUGUUGACCCUCCAAAAGAAGAUGGCAGACUACCGGGAUGACACCGGGGCUCGAGCCCUGCUAGCUUUACAGUCGGCUCCGUGCAGCCCGGUGCGCGUCGCGGUGACCUCGCACACCUUUCACCAGCCCUCGUUCGCCCUUCUGGGUCCUCCGGUGAUGGAUGCCCGCACAGACGCCGGGAUUCUUCCCGUGCGGCUCGCUUCUACUCCUCCGCAGGCCCUGGCCAGGCUCGAGGGCCGGGACUUUGAGUAUGUCAUGCGCCAAAGAACGGUCACCAUAGGCCGGAACUCUUCUCACGGCUCCGUGGACAUCAACAUGGGUCACUCGAGUUUCAUUUCCCGACGGCACCUGCAGAUCACCUACGACGAGGCGAGUGGCUUUUCCCUCCGGUGCCUGGGCAAGAACGGUGUAUUCGUGGACGGGGUCUUCCAGCGAAGAGGGGCGCCACCACUGCCGCUACCCAGAGAGUGAGUGCGGUCAGCUAAGCCUAGCCGCUGCAGUCAGGCUUCCCGUGAUAACACGGUGGCUGGACGUCGCAGGGCUUCUCACACUAAAGUUUAUUUUAUGCAUUAACAGUGGAGGUCUAGCGGUUACUUCAAACAAUAAAACGACUCAAUUGUAAACCCACGUUAGCCUCACGAAUAGAUUUCUGAACACUGACGGGGAGAACAUUAAUACAAAACGACCUCCACGAUGACAGGGCCAAACGGGACACCUAUCCUGUCCGGGGUACAAAGUUUGUCACGACACCCCUACCAGAGCGGCUUGGUGUUGCAUAGUAAUGGCAGCCUAGGUCUGGACAGUAAAGGUGGAACACGAUAAGUUGUCAGGUCUCCAGUGUAACUCACAGCGAUGUUAUGUUGUCAUAUUCAAUUAAUAUUCAGUUUGCCCGGAUGUUCUUAGUGGACCCCUUCAGCUUUGCCUUCAACCCGCUGAAUGAGUGAAUCAGUCUAGCUAGUUUUAGCCGUUAGCAAACCUAGCUGCAUUUCCCCGGCCUGCUGACAAGCAUAAGCAGUUAGUAAAUUAUUAUUUUUUCUUUCGAAGUGCUGCAACUGGUUGGUGUUUUUGCAUAAGUACGGCGUGUUAUAUUGUCUUUGAAAUAACUUUUUAAAGUAAUCUAAUUUU